AUGCAUACCGUUCAGUUGACCGCUUUGGCGGCUUCUGUCCUCUCCAUGGCUGCGCCAGCUGCUGCUUUCUGGCGUAUGCCUUGCCAGGGCCGUCUGGGACUGGCUAGGAUGGAUCCUAUCGUCAACCCGGGCGAACUCUCCCCUCACGCCCACGCCAUCCACGGCGGUAAAAACUUUGAUUUUACCGUUACUGGUGACCAGUUGGCCGCCUCCGACUGCACGUCUUGUGCCGUUAUCGAGGACAAGUCCGCUUACUGGGUUCCUACCCUCUACUUCGUUCACGCCAACGGAACGGCUGAGCUCACCGAGCAACUCGGUGGCACUCUUGUCUACUAUCUUCUGUAUGGAGAUAACCUCAAGGCCUUCCCACGCGGCUUCCGCAUGAUUGCAGGAGACACGGGCCUGCGUGACUUUCCCUUCGUCCAGCCAGACCCUCCAAAGGGUGCCUGGACCGAAAAGGAGCGCACUCAGUCCGCCCUUGGCCAAAAGUCCCUUGGCUUCAACUGUCUGAACUAUGCCAACCCCCCAGAAGCCUCCAUGUACAGGCACACCAUGCCCGAGCGGUCCUUCAUCGACAGCACUUGCGACAACGGUCUCCGUUUGGAGAUUAUGUUCCCAUCCUGCUGGAACGGCAAGGAUCUCGACUCCAAGGAUCACAAGUCCCAUGUCGCCUAUCCCAGCGAGAUCAACGGUGGAACUUGCCCCAAGGGCUUCGAAACUCGUCUCGCCACUCUUUUCUAUGAGACUAUCUGGGUCACCAAGCCUUUCGCCGGCAUGGAUGGCAAGUUCGUCCUUUCCAACGGUGAUCCAACCGGCGCUGGCUACCACGCUGAUUUCAUCGACGGAUGGGACGAGGGUGUGCUCCAGGAUGCCAUCAAGACCUGUACCGAUGACUCCGGCCUGAUCGAGAAGUGCAGUGCAUUCACCAUUCAGGACCAGGCUAAGCAGAAUAAGUGCAAGAUGGAGGUUCCAAAACUCAUCCAAGACGAGGAGUACGAAUUCUGCACCUCUGGUCUACCUGGAGGCACCAAGGUCUCCAACGGACCAGCCUACGUCAGCGGUGCUGCCCAUGCUCCAGCCGUCAGCGUCCCAUCCGUCUCUGUCCCCGGCGGACCAAAGCUUCACGUCCCAACUCCGGCUCUCCCAGCUCCCCCAGCUGCGCCUGCUCCCCCUGCUGCACCUGCUCCCCCUGCUGCACCUGCACCACCAGCUCCUCCAGCUCCUCCAGUUGUACCAUCCCCUCCACCAGUCAAGGCGGGAACUACUGCCAUGCCACCUGCUCCAAGCGCUCCCGCCGACCCCAACGGUCCAUACACCACCACUACCUAUACCGAAGGAGGCGUUGUGCACGAGGUCGCUAUUAUUCGCCAGACCGUCACGCACACCGUUGAUGCUACAGCCGUUGUCCCAGGGCCUACCCACCAGGGAGCUAAGAGAGACUACAACUUCCUCCGCCACCACGGUGGACAUGGCCACGGCCACGGCCAUCGCCGUCGUCGCAACUUUUAA